AUGUCAGAAUUCUAUAAGUUAGCUCCUAAGGACCGCAAGGGCGAGCCAUUUCCCUUCUCGCAGCUCGAAGGUAAGGUAGUACUUAUCGUCAAUGUUGCUUCGAAAUGCGGGUUCACACCGCAAUAUCAGGAACUGGAGGACUUGUACAAGAAGUACAAGGACCAGGGACUUGUUAUUAUCGGAUUCCCCUGCAACCAGUUUGGCAGACAGGAGCCAGGGUCCGACGAAGAGAUUGGCCAGUUCUGCCAAUUGAACUAUGGAGUAACAUUCCCAGUGUUGAAGAAAAUCGACGUGAACGGGAGUGACGCUGACCCUGUGUACGAGUUCCUGAAGUCGCAAAAGGCUGGUCUGCUUGGGUUCAGAGGCAUCAAGUGGAACUUUGAAAAGUUCCUGGUUGACAAGAAGGGCGCCGUCCAUCAAAGAUACUCUUCGUUGACAAAGCCUUCUUCUUUGGAUGCUACCAUCGCGGAGCUGGUUAAGGCCUGA